GGAUUUUGAUUGGGAAAAAUCUCGUGUCUGAAUGUUUACAAGCACCGCGUGUGCGGGGAGCCUCCUGCCAACAAACACAGGCGAGAGCGAGCCCGGGCUGAGCACACACACACUCAUCCUCAUCCUCACACACGCACCCUCACCCCAACCAACGGCCCUUCCUCGCCGCCGCGCUUCAACCCCGACCCGAACCCGCUCUCUCCGGGAGAGGGGGGAAAAAACCCCCCCAAAACCCCGAGCUCCGGCCACACCGUUCGCAACACAAAAACUCUUGCGGCUCCGCUCCCUCCCUCCUUUCCCUCCCUGCCUUCCUCCCGCCGCCGCCACACACACCAGGGCGAGAUGCGAGAUAAGCGGGAGCGCUCUUUGCACAACAAAAGGCAACUCGAGCUGGAAAGCCGAACCUCUUGAAGCCAUUCUCACUGAUGACGAACCUGAACAUGGCACAUUGGGAGCUCCGGAAGGGGACCACGACCUCCUCACUUGUGGCCAGUGUCAGAUGAACUUUCCGUUGGGGGACAUUCUUAUUUUUAUUGAGCACAAACGGAAACAAUGCAAUGGCAGUCUCUGCUUAGAGAAGGCUGUGGAUAAGCCACCUUCACCCUCACCAAGUGAGCUGAAAAAAGCAUCCAAUCCCGUGGAGGUUGGCAUCCAGGUUACGCCAGAGGAUGACGAUUGUUUAUCAACGUCAUCUAGAGGAAUUUGCCCUAAACAGGAACAUAUAGCAGGUAAAGACGAGCCCAGCAGCUACACGUGUACGACUUGUAAACAGCCUUUCAACAGCGCCUGGUUCCUCUUGCAGCACGCACAGAACACGCACGGCUUACGGAUCUACCUAGAAAGCGAGCACGGCAGCCCCCUGACGCCACGGGUUGGUAUCCCAACAGGACUAGGUGCAGAGUGCCCUUCCCAGCCACCUCUCCACGGGAUUCACAUUGCAGACAAUAACCCUUUUAACCUGCUCAGAAUACCCGGCUCGGUCUCGAGGGAGGCGUCGGGGCUGGGAGAAGGGCGCUUCCCACCCACACCGCCCCUCUUUAGCCCUCCCCCGAGGCACCAUUUGGAUCCGCAUCGCAUUGAGCGCCUGGGUGCGGAAGAAAUGGCUCUGGCCACCCAUCACCCUAGUGCCUUUGACAGGGUGCUGCGACUGAACCCCAUGGCGAUGGAGCCCCCCGCUAUGGAUUUCUCCCGGAGGCUGCGGGAGCUGGCCGGCAACACCUCCAGCCCACCCUUGUCCCCGAGCCGGCCCAGCCCUAUGCAAAGGUUGCUGCAGCCCUUCCAGCCCGGCAGCAAGCCCCCGUUCCUGGCCACGCCGCCCCUUCCUCCUCUGCAGUCUGCUCCUCCUCCUUCCCAGCCGCCCAUGAAGUCCAAGUCCUGCGAGUUCUGCGGGAAGACCUUCAAGUUUCAGAGCAACCUGGUGGUCCACCGCCGGAGCCACACCGGGGAGAAGCCCUACAAGUGCAACCUCUGCGACCAUGCCUGCACGCAGGCCAGCAAGCUGAAGCGCCACAUGAAGACCCACAUGCACAAGUCAUCCCCUAUGACGGUGAAGUCGGACGACGGGCUCUCCACCGCCAGCUCCCCUGAGCCGGGCACCAGCGACCUGGUGGGCAGCGCCAGCAGCGCCCUCAAGUCUGUGGUGGCCAAGUUCAAGAGCGAGAACGACCCCAACAUGAUCCCUGAGAAUGGGGACGAGGAAGAGGAGGAAGAGGAGGAGGAGGAGGAGGAGGAAGAGGAGGAAGAGGAGGAGGACUUGAACGAGAGCGACCGGCCGGACUACGGCUUUGGGAUGAGCCUGGAGGCAGCCCGCCACCACGAGAACAACUCUCGGGCCGGCGAGGAGGGUCGGUCGAUGCCGGACGUCAUGCAGGGCAUGGUCUUGAGCUCCAUGCAGCACUUCAGCGAGGCCUUCCACCAGGUCCUGGGGGAGAAACACAAGCGGGGCCACCUCCCCGAGCCCGAGGUGCACAGGGACACUUGCGACGAAGACUCGGUGGCCGGCGAGUCCGACCGCAUCGACGAGGGGGCAGUGAACGGCCGGGGCUGCUCCCCGGGGGAGUCCGCCUCGGGAGGCUUAUCCAAAAAGCUGCUGCUGGGUAGCCCCAGCUCCUUGAGCCCCUUCUCCAAACGCAUCAAGCUGGAGAAGGAGUUCGACCUGCCGGCCGCCGCCAUGCCCAACACCGAGAACGUUUAUUCCCAAUGGCUGGCGGGCUACGCCGCCUCCCGGCAGCUGAAAGACCCCUUCCUCAGCUUCGGCGACUCCCGACAAUCGCCCUUCGCCUCCUCCUCCGAGCAUUCCUCGGAGAACGGCAGCCUGCGCUUCUCCACGCCGCCGGGCGAGCUGGACGGAGGGAUCUCAGGCCGCAGCGGCACGGGAAGCGGAGGGAGCACCCCCCAUAUUAGUGGCCCGGGCCCUGGGAGGCCCAGCUCAAAAGAGGGCAGACGCAGCGACACUUGUGAGUACUGUGGGAAGGUCUUCAAGAACUGUAGUAAUCUCACCGUCCACAGACGGAGCCACACGGGCGAGAGGCCGUAUAAGUGUGAGCUUUGCAACUACGCCUGCGCCCAGAGUAGCAAGCUCACCCGGCACAUGAAAACACACGGGCAGGUGGGAAAGGACGUUUACAAAUGCGAGAUUUGUAAGAUGCCUUUUAGCGUGUACAGUACCCUGGAGAAACACAUGAAAAAAUGGCACAGUGAUCGAGUCUUGAAUAACGAGAUAAAAACUGAAUAGAGGUUCGGCGUACCCCCCCGGCUGGCGCAGCGCCCAGGGAGCCCCAGACGUCUGGCAGUUUUCGGAUGGAACUCCAAGAGCACUUAAGUUCUGAAAGGAGGUGAAGCUGGGGCGAGCAGCCGGUGUCAUCUCAGCGUCCGGAGGUGGCCUCUGUCCUGCUGGCUCACCGCAUCCCUACGGGAGAGCCUUGGAAGUCCCCGUCCGAAGGCAGCGCUCCCCGGGCUCCUCCUGCCUGCAAGACUAUCGUAUUUAUAUUUUGUAAUAGAGUACAACACUUCUUUGGGGUUGGGGGUUUUUUUUCUGGUUAUUUCUUUGUUUCUUUUAUUAUUUUCUAAAAUCAAAACAAAAAGCAAACCCACCCACCAAGGUCAAGGGCUUAUCGAUGGCUUCAACCGGCUCCUUUCCCCUUGGAAAAGACUGUCUUGCUUUCAUGGACAACCCGGCCUGUUGGUUAUCUCCAUGACGUGCCGUUUCUUGGAAGGCACAUCUGAUGUGAUGCAUUAAAAAUAAAACAAACCCCAGCGCAGGUCUGUGGGUGGGUGGGAAAUUGCCAUAAUAAAUGUUGGAGCUUUAGGUUUUGUUUGCUCUGUCUUUAAUUUUUAAUGCUAACAAGGGCCAGGCGGCUGGUAUGACUUUGUAUUGCGUAUCGGCUGCGGAAAUCCAAGUGUUGAGUUUACAGAGAGAAAGCUGGGGCUGGUGUCUGGGGCUGCAGUGGGCAGAUGUGUCCCACAGAGCUAGACCAGGCGUUGGGCUUAUGGCUGUGGCACCCCAAGUCAUGGUGUACCCCCGUUGGCGUUUGGUGAUGCUGAAGUUGGGGGUCUCCCACCUCUCCUGCAUCGCCCACCUCCUCUUGAUGAAUGCUGGAUGUCGUGUUACAUUCCUGCUGUUAAACUGUGUACUUUUGGGGCUGGUGGGAUUUGUAACAUCCUUUAGUGUCCGUGCAAGGAGAAGCGAGGCCAAACUGGUGGGUUUUGGGAGGAGUGAUAGACUUGCUGUGGAGAUGCUGUCAGUGCCAGGGGAUGCAAAGCUGGGGUACCAGGGGCAGCUGCCAUCAGGUUGGCAUCCAUGUGUCUCCCAUUGGGUGUUCCAGCUCUUCUACAGCUUUCCCCCUUGCCAGUGGCACUCGUCCCAUGCUCAGAGCUGAGCACCCACCCAAAGAGUUUGCUGGUUCAGGGCCCAAACGCUUUGCUGAACAGAAGAUGGGUUAAGUGUGUGCUUGUGUGCUGUCUCUGAUGGGAUUUAUAGGCUGUAGCUACUCGUGCCUGUGCCGGCGAGCGGGAAUGGACCUUAUUUGGUGAAAGAAACCAGCUGGGUAGCGAGCAGAGUCACUGGUCGGGCUGUGGGAUGGAGCUGAGGCAUGGGACAGGAGGGGCUGGCUGAUUUAUUCGCUUUGUGUGUUAGCUUCAAUCUCGCUUCUGGUUUUAUUCAUCUCCUUUCUUAAAAUCCAAGCAAGGCACCUAGUCAGGGUGACUCUCCUGGCAAAACAGCCAUAGGGAACGUGAUGUUGCCUUUGCAAUGGGUGGUGGUUGCUCUUUUGUUUUUCAAAACCCCAGGCUGUGGUUCUCAUGUUGGCUGGGGCAUAGCACAAGCACAGACACUUUGGUACCUUAAAGCUUGCCAAGGGACCAUGGUGGGCAGCAGAACAACCUCUACAUACAGCUAUAGGGUCAAGUCGUGCCUAUGCACCAUCUCCCUGGGCUCCUGGCUUGACCCAAAGGGAGCUGUUGCUGCUUCUCUUAAGGCAAUUUGGUCUUUGAGGUCCAAAAUUUUCACACACUCUAAACUUUUUUACUACUAGGAAAUGUUUUUAAAGGUUCUUCCUAUCCCAGCCUGUGCUAUCACCUUUGUGUGUGCUUAUAAGGGUGUUUUUUGAGCCUUGGAAGGGUGAAUCCUGUUGCAUUAAGGAUCCUAUUGGUUACAAACACACCAUCAGUAAGAAGUUAGCUGCUCCCAUUAGCUGCUGGCAUCCCAGCUCCUGCCCCAGGGUAUCUCUGCACCAGGCAGCUGCAUCAGAUCAGGGCUAAUGGAGUUAUUAAUUGCAAAGGGGGGUUGCUCUGCUCUCUCCUCCAAAUUGCAAGCCAGGGAUCACCUGGUACCUAUCUACAGCAGGCCUGUAAUGCUUGUAAUGAAGGGCAGCUGGGAAGCUGCUUUAGAAGGGUUUCUCAGUGUGCUGGUCAGGUUUAGGGGUCUUUAUCCUUAUUUUGUCUGAGCAUGGGCAAAACUCAGUUCCUGGAUGGCUUCUGGGAUAGUUGGUUGUGUUUUUGACGCUCUGUUUGGUGGAAUGGGUAUGAAAUGCUCUGCUUUCUCCGGCUGUGGCUCAUCUCUCCUGCAGCAGCCAGUGCAAGGAGGCUGUUUCUCCCAGGAAAAGCAGACAGCAAGGAAGCAGUGACAGCUAAAUGCAAGCACAGAGGCGGGGAAAGUUACACUUGUCCUUUUUUGAGGUGUUGAAGGUAAAGUGAGAUAGUCCUUAAAAUGUAUAAAUUUUUUUAAUACAGUUGUUAAACCCCCCAACUCUUAGAACUUUAAAAUAGCUGCAGAAUUUGUGUUGCCUUAAAGUUGCAAAUACAUGUGAUGAGUGUGUUGGGAGCCUCUUGUAAGUGCUGGGGGGCUCCUGUCCCCUGUUACUCACAGGGUCCAUGGUCUGCUGUGGCUCUUGCAAAGCAAUAGGGCAGCCCCAGUGUGAGGCUUUGGUGGAGCUAUGAGGGUUUCCACUGCCUUCUGCAACCUGGGAUGCUGUGUGCUUUCCUUAGGGGUGUCAUCAGGAUCCUUCUGUCUGGCUGCUGCAGUUUUGGUGCAAGUGGGGCAAUAUUCCUAGGGAUUUUGUAUUUUAGCAUAUUCCCAAUGGCUCAGUCUGCAUAUCAGAGUUAAAAAGUGAAGUAUGUUUGGUCUGUAUAAAAAGCCAAAGCUCCUAAAGUUUGGAGUUUUUAAUAAACAAAAGAAAAGCUCUUUCUUUACCAGACCAGGGGCUAAGAUGAGCAAGAUACCUGGGAAUUAGCUGGCUUAGCUUUGAUUUUUUUCGGUUGACAAAGCUUCUUUCAAACUUGAAGGUGAUUUGACUGUACUGUGUUUUCUUUCUAAGCACACUUUCAUGACCCUAAAAUGCAGCAAAGGUCAAGUCUUUUGUGAAGUUUAACUUAAAUUUUGCUUUCAAAAUAAUAUGUAUUUUGGAUUCGUGAUAUAUUUGGUCCAUGGGCUUUUACAAGAUGAGAAAGUUCUCUCCAGAAUGGAUCUGAGAACAGAUCUAAAAACUUGUGAAUGAGGUUUCAAGCAACAUUCCCAACCCUCUGUGCUUCAUUUCAACUCCAGCUUUGUGUUGGGUCCCACUAAGUGACCAGUGGGACCAGUAGCACCACUAGGCUCAGGAGCAUCAUGGUGUUGGUGGGCAGCAACGUGACUGAACCCUGGGGAAAGGCAGAGGGAAGCACCAUCCUUCUUGGGCUUAUUUGAGGUUAUUUUAUCAACUCUCCUGUUUACCCUGUACUUUUGGUUUGCAUCUCACUUCUUCUAUUGCUGUGUGCGUUUGAGCUGCCUGGAUGCUGGUGAAACCCAGGGGUGAGCCUUUACCUGCAGAUAUUUGGUGGUGAGGUGGAGGACCUGCUAAACAUAGCUGCCUUCUCAGGGCUCCUUGCUCUGCUGUGAUAUUUCGUGUGAUCCCAGUAUAAAUGAUUAUUGAGGAGUGAGCUGAAUAACCCCCCUGAAUGAGAGUGGUGCCUCUUUGCUGCUUUUUUAGUCUCUGCUUCCCCCCAAUUUAACCAUUUCAUGUGUGAUUAGGCAUCAUCAUUCAAUUGUAUGCUUCAAGUCUAUAAAACCUUGUUGCUCCUCCAUCCCAACACCCCUUGAACCUCCUCUCCCCCUAGAAGUCACCCUCUUAACAUUCAUCUUCCACAGAGGUCCAAAUAAUUAUUACCAAGGAAAGAUGGAGCUGGGGAGGGGAGGAACACACCAAAAAAAAGCCCAAACCCAAAAUACGGCUCUCAUUCCUAAAUCUCACUGGAUAGAGUUACACAUCUGGUAGAGGCUUGCUCGUUGUUGCUAUUACUUUUAUUGCGUCUUUAGCAGUGAUGAAGUUCAGAUGGCAGAACCAGUGGGCCCCAAUUUAAUUUCGUCUGGCCUCCCAUAAUGAGCACGAUGUGAUCCCUGGGGAAUGCCGGCUAGGCUGCGGUUCCAGUGGGCAGGCGCCCAUGUGCCGCGGUGAUGGGCAAGAAGCGGUGCAGACAGACAGAUGGACAGGGGGGAAAGGAGAAAUCAAAGCCGGGAUGGUAAUGGGCAGAUGGAGGUCUCUGUGCUGUGUGAGCAUCAAAUACUGCAGUGAGAUGGGUGGAUACAUGGCUUUUCAUGCCAAAGCCCAAUAGCAAGAUCACAAGGUGGGUUUCCACCUUAUUUGGUGGCUGGGGUGUGCGCGUCGUGAUGCUUUCUGAGGUUGCUCUAGCCCUGAUGGCUCUUCUCUGACAAUUUCCAUGACCCUCCGGGUUUCCAGUGGUGAUGUAUAGAAGCUCCCACCUCCUCCCCAAAUGUCUGCAAAUGCAUGUGUCUAAGGGCUAUACAGGAUUCAUUUACGGGCCUCCCGUUGGUGGGAUAUGUGCAUGCAAAAUGAAGGUUGUAUUUGGCUUCUCAUAUUCAGAUCUAUAUUCCAUAUUGUGUUGACCAAGCAAAACAACUCAGCCCCCGUGCUGAAGAAUGUGAUGGACUGAUGACUUUCAGAAACAUACUGUAAAUCAAGGAGGCUAAUAAAUACUUGCUAUUAAUAAAACAGG